GGCGGAUUUCACCCUAUUCACAUUGGCGACAGCAUCGGACCGGAUGGUCGAUUCCGUAUCAUGAAUAAGAUGGGGUCAGGUGGCUCUGGCACUGUCUGGCUCUGCGAGGACACCCAGCACGAGGUAGGCAAGCCAAAAUGGAGGGCUGUCAAGAUCUCAAAGGCAAGAUGCGGCACGACUGGCGCUGUUGAGUUGAAGAUAAAGAACAUUUUUAUUGACCACGGAGUCGCCCCUUGGAGUGCAUUUCACCAUGGAGUUGCCAUCCCUAUUGACAGCUUCUCUAUCGACGGACCAAACGGAACCCACAUGUGUUUGGUCCUCCCUGUAUUGGGACCAAAAAUCCACCGCAAUUUUGCAUUAUUCACUGACACCGAACUGAAGCGGCGAUCUGUUUGCCUUAACAUUGCCCAGGCUAUGAAAUACAUACACAGCCUAGGCAUUUGCCACGGU